GCUCUGUGCAACUUCCUUAACGAGUCUAUGGGGAACGAUAUCCUUCUCCAGCGCGAUAUGUUGGACCAGUGAUAUGAAUCAGCCCGACCGAAUACAGAGCUUCUGUGUCAUGGUCGCUUGUUCAAUGGCCCAGCGUUCGAUUCCACUCUUCCACGGCAUUGCAGGCCAUGAUGGAAGACAUUUGUAAGUUGAUAUGACGAGAACUGGCGAGAGUCCAUGGUGGCUUGACCUUACCGCAUGCUGAGGCGCGAUCUUCAACUUGUUGGCAGGGGGAAUGCGUAUUUUCCACACACAGGAGGAAAUCUCUACUCGACUACUGGAGGUCAAUCAUUCCUUUCAUGCUCAAAGCGAAGGAUUGCUGAUCAUUAUCUGCCCUCGAUCGAAGCCCAUGCUUACUCAUGGCACUCAUAGCAGAUUUAGACAGCAAUUCGCCGUUCACCACAUAUAGACUUUAUAGCGCUCCUCUGCAUCCAGGUUUAUACCUCAUAUCCAUCCAUUUGGACAUGUUUCGGGUCAUGGCGCAUAUUAUCACACCAAUAUGGAUGUUCACGGCAGGAGAUCGGGCCUUGUAUCAGAGCGCCGCCUUUGUUUUCGCGCAAGAUACAUACACUUACCCACAUUCUCCAUAGCGCUUCGGAGCUGUGAGCACGCAUAGUAUUCCACUGCCCUUUCUCGUAGUCGGGUAUUCAAGCAUCUGCUGUCAUCCUCAUUACUUGAGACCGGCACAGUCACUCUAACGUCCUUCCCGCUCGUCCCAGUGCUCUGUACGUGGGAAGUGCCCUGUAAUUCAUCCCAUUGUGCGACCACGCUCGCUAUAUAUUAGCGUCCCAUUCAAAAGCGUGGUAUCUGUCUCCGUAUGCCCCCGAGCGUUCUU